AUGAAUCCGAGUACGAACCACCUCCCGGGCAGAGUUCCUAUAUGGCGCCCGGGACAGGAACCUCUUCCUCCAGGCCUCACCGAGGAAGACCGGCCAGCACUCGAGCAAACCAAGAAAUGGGAGGGGUAUGCGGGUAUGGCCAUGGAGUCCUGCGCGGUAAAGACUGUCCUAGCAGGUGGUGCUGGUUUUGGCAUUGGCGCGUUCUUCUCGCUUAUGUCGGCCUCAUUUGCCUAUGAGGAUCCUCUGCUACGAGCGCGGACGCAGGCAGGCAUGAACACAACACAAAAGGCUGGCCAAGUCUUCCGGGAGAUGGGAAGGGGCAUGUGGACCAGCGGCAAGGGGUUCGGAAAGGUUGGCGCAUUGUUCGCUGGUAUCGAAUGCGUCAUAGAAGGCUAUCGUGCCAAAAAUGACAUUUACAACUCUGUUACGUCCGGACUUAUUGCUGGAGGCAUUCUUGCACGGAAUUCAGGACCUAAGGCUGCCGUUGGAGGUGGCUUGGCUUUUGCAGCUUUCUCUGCAGCUAUUGAUCUUCUUUUCAUACGGCGGGAAACACCUGAGUAA